AUGGCGCAGAUGCCCAUAUCAUUUGUCAACGAAGAGCACCAGAGCCCUGGUCGCCCGGCUCGGAAAGGGAUGCAGAACAAAGAGGUCAAGGCAAGUAUUAUCCUGCCAGUAACAAAGUGUGAUGAGACUAAACCAGUGUGUCACAACUGCGAGCGUGUCGACGAACCCUGUAUCUACGACCGUCUUCCUAAAGAUGAACCGAAAGAGUUCAACGAGCCCGCAGAGACAAGGGCUCGACGGAUGCUGGAGCUUGAGCUGAUGCAUCUUUACAUCACCGAAACUGGCCCAUCAAUUGCCUUUGAUAGAGAAACAUCCUUUGACAUAUUUGUCAAGUCCAUUCCUCGUAUGGCAUUUCAAUCAGAUGCCCUGCUAUACGGUAUCUACGCUGUAACUGCUCUCCACCAGGCAAAGGCGUCCUUGUCUCCGUCCGCUAUGCUAGAUCAUCACCAGCGUUAUCUGCAGCUUGCAUUCCAGCAUCACCACAAAGAACUAGCCUCCUUCUCAGGUGAGAAAGCCGAUGUUACCAUGCUGACUACUCACCUCAUGCGGCUUAUGGCCUCUGUGAUGCUCUCCGAACGAAGUCUGGAACCUUAUACGCCUCCCAUUGAGUGGCUGCAGAUAACGAAUAGUAAUGCCAAAAUGUUCCGAGCGGCCUGGGAGGUUGUUGGAGACGACCCUUCGACUUGCAUGGCCAAGUUAGUGAAGUCAACCCUGGCAUGGGACCAGCGUGAAUCUGUCAAGGAUCUUCAGCACCUUCUACUCGCCCGAACAGAGGAAGAAGACGAUAAGGAUGAUCCAGGCUGCUGGACCACCGAUAUACGAAAGGCCUACGAGUCAACACUGGGCUAUAUCGAAGGUGUACUGCAGGCAAUUCAAAGCCGUGAUGGGCCACCUGGUCCCAUUAGGCGGCGAAUCAUGGUUUUCCCCUUACUCGUGAAUUCACUCUUUAUCGACCUCGUAGCCAAGGGCCGACCACGAGCCUUGGUUAUCCUGGCUCACUAUUUUGCUCUUGUUGUGUUUCUGGAGUCUUACUGGUUUAUUGGCAACACUGGUUCACGGGAGGUCAGGGCUAUAGCUGCACACUUACCAACUCGGUGGCAGGGCCUAAUGGAGUUGCCGCUUCGUAUAAUCAACAGUGGAUUUCCCUACAAAGCAUGA